UAGUCAUAUCGUCAUUGCAAUAUUCAAAAACGUUAUCGCAUGUUUUCCUAAUAUCGUGCAGCCCUACUUCUGUGGAAAUAGUGAUUGAUGUUAACGCUUUUAAAGCCAUGCCUAACCCAACUUGAUGCCAAAUGAUUAUAGACACUUCAACUUUUUCUUCUCCUUUCUGAUGUUUCUCAUCAUGCUAAGACAUGUAGGUCAGGUGAAUCGGCCAUACUAAAUUGUCCCUAGGUGUGGGUGGCCCUAGGAUGGACUGGCGGCCUGUGCAGGGUUUCUCCCCGUCUGCCGCCCAAUGACUACUGGGAUAGGCUCCAGCAUCCCGCGACCCUGAUUGGGAUAAGCGGCUUGGAUGAUGGAUGGAUGGACGGAAUUCUCGUCAUGCCAGUAUUGGAUCAGUGACGAUAAGAAAUAUUUGCAAGUAAUGGGUCAAGUCAGCACUCCAAUGUUACCGUAAAGUUUGACCAUGAAAUGGUGUUUUCUGGAUGCACAGCCAGACAAUUGCUCAUUAUCUGGGGUCCAACUCUUCCCCUCUCCUGUCUGCGUCUCCUGGUCCCACCACUUCAGCUGGUCUCUGCAGCCAUCUGGCAGACUGUGAAGCAGAGAGUUGUGGCUGAUUAUGGGCUGCUCGAGGAGUUUGUUUCAUUGGUCACUGACAUUAUUCCCGAACUUCUUACACCUCGACAGAGAGCUGAACUCAUUUUUGGCCUCAGAGCGCGGCUGAUCCUGGAGUUGUGCCGCUCUGAGGCAACCGCUAACCUGCUGUCAGUUCAGCCACAUUUAGACAGGAUGCAAACCCUCAGAUCGCUGUGGGAUGUAGAGACCGAGAAUGCCGAUCUAGAAAUAUCCGAUUCCCAUUUUCUGGGUCUUGUACACAUUCUGCUGAGAAACCCUGAGGAGAGAGAGAACUUUUUCCGGGAUGUUUUCCCACAAGAAUUUGGACCCAGUUAUGAUAAAGCAAUACAUAAAUUGAUGUGGCAUUUUCUAUCUAGACUCGAAAAGGUUCUUCCUGCCCAAACCCUUCAACAGACGGCAGCCCUACUCAAUGAUGCUUCAGCUGUUCUCAAGGAAUCCAUGGAGAAUACAUUCCAUCCUCAGGAGCUUAAAACCUUGCUUGAAUAUCAGAAGGACUUACACUGGUUGGGAGACAACGACUCUUAUGUUAAUGACACCUGCAUCUUAUCAGCCUUGUGCCUCCCUCCAGUGGAAAGAGUAGUGAUCGUCAAUGAGCAAAUAGAACUGGAUACAGAGGAUAGCCAUGUGUAUACAGUCUGCACAGAGAUGGAGGGUGAAUCUAAACAGAAUGACUUCGACAUAGGGGGAACUGUGAACCCAGAGGAAAGUCUGGAAGACCAGCAGUGGUUAAGACUUGAUGAUGAUGUGAAAGUAGAGGACGAUACUGAGUCAGUGAUGGAACUUGUAGAAGAUGCUGAGCCUUCUUUUGCAAAAGGUCAUGGUGUCACUAUGAGUGCUACUGAAGAAGCAGAAUACAUUGCAAGCAUAGAGGCAGAAACUGUAGGGGAGCCUGGUAUGAUUGUAAUUGAUGAGAAUGGAUCAGUGACAGUGCUCGGUGGGCUGGUGACUAGAGCCAAGGAAGACUUGGAGAAGACAAGUGGAGGAUGUGAAAGAGCAAAAGACUCUUGCACAGAGGCAGCCUUUGAUAUUCAAAGUGAAGGACAGAGACAAAAACAGGAAAUGGGCUGUGUUGUUUUACUGGAAAGACUUGAUAUGCCCUUACCUUUACAAUCACGACCAGUGAGACCAAACCGGGGUCUCAAGAUGAAGACAUAUCUGUCACAAAGGAGAAAAUUUGUCAAGGCACGAGGACGUAAUGGUAGCAGCAAGGUACCCAGUAGGCAAGGUUCAACCAAAAGCCACCAGACAACACACAAAAUACAUGGUAAGAUGGCGAGUCGUACCACGUUGUUGGAACAACACAUGAGUCAGCACUCAACACACCGGCCCUAUACUUGUCUGGAAUGUAAAAGACAAUACAAGAGCUUAAGUUACUUGCAGAAACACAAAUGCCCAAGUCAAAGUCUAAAAGAUCUAUCAAGAUGGAAAUGUAGCAGGGAAGUGGAGGGAAAAAAUUCAAGCACGGUUGUCAAGGAAGAACAAGCAUCUAUUGGGACUCCUCGUGUAGAGUCUGAAGAUUUGCUGUCGGAGAGCAGCAUACAAGACCCUACCCAGUUGCUCUCUGCAGAUGGGGGACCCGCCAAAGAAUCUGGACAUGCAAGCUCUGAACACGAAAAAAACACAACAAAGGGUCCUUUCUACUGUCCUUACUGUGGCAUAGAGUUUAAGUGCAAGCAGACUUUUAGAUACCACUUGAGGAAUAUUUGCUACACUGAGCAACAGGUUGAUCCACAGAAGGCUGAGAAUGUAAGGCAGUGUUUCAAAUGCAAUGAAUGCGAAAAGGCAUUCAAGUUUAAAUCAACGUUGGAAUCCCACAAACAUACUCAUAACCCCCUCUACUGUGAGAUAUGCAUGAAGUUGGUGCGUGACUCAGAAGCGUUAGCGAUGCACAAAAUUUCACACACCCCUUUUCAGUGUAACCUAUGUCAGGACCAUUUCCGUGUUUUUAAGGCACUUUACAAGCACUAUAUUGAUGUGCACAAGCCUAGUGGACCAUUUAUUUGCGCCCACUGUGCAUCAACUUUUAACACUUUGAAGCAAUUCAUUAGGCACGAGUGGAAACAUACCGGUCAUCAACCGUUUCAGUGCCCCCAUUGCCCUAAACGAUUCCGGUCCUACUCUGACCUGCUGGAGCAUCAGAAAAAACACACCAAAGAGUAUCCUUUCCUCUGCUGGGAAUGUGGGAAGAAAUUUAGGCACAGCAUAACACUGACGAGGCAUGUGGAACGCGAACAUAAUCCUGACAAACCCAUACCUGACAAACCCCCAACAAGUUUUCCUUGUACUCAGUGUGGGAAGUCCUUUGCUUCCAAGAGGGGCUUUCUUAAACACGAGAACUUUCAUCACAAGGGGUUGCAAUUCCCAUGUGAAUACUGUGGAAAGGGGUUCUCUGGGAAAGGCUCGCUGGUGAGGCAUACUUUAAUUCACACAGGAGAAAGGCCAUUCAAAUGCUGCGACUGUGGCAAGAGUUUUAGAUCAGCUUCAGAACUGAAGGUACAUAAACGAUACCACUCUGGGGAAAGACCAUUUAAGUGUAGCUUGUGCAACAAGGGCUUUGUACAGUCGUGUUUUCUCACCCUACACAUGCGAACCCAUACUGGGGAGAGACCAUAUGUUUGUACCACCUGUGACAAAGGCUUUUCAAGCUUGCAUGGCCUAAAAAGACACAGGAAGCUUGUCCAUUCAUAGUUGCCACUGUCUUUUCUAAUUUUGGGGAACAAUAUUGUACAGUAGGUCUACAUUCUUAGAGGAAAAUGUUUGAAUUGGUGCUGCAAAAUGAUCAACAUGAAAUCAUGUUUUGACAUUUUUUAUUUAAUAAAUAGAA